GCCGAGGGAGGGCGUGCGGCGGUUGGGUUGGUGUCCAUGGAAACCAAGCGCACACGGAGCACCGCCCUCCUCCUGGCCGGGUCGUCGCUGCCGCCAUCAUGAUGCUGCUGGGCCGCGGGAUGGACGCCAGGGACAAUCAGACUAGACAAAUACAAGAUGCUGUUUCAAAUGUGGAAAAACAUUUUGGUGAAUUGUGCCAAAUAUUUGCUGGAUAUGUACGUAAAACUGCCAGACUACGAGACAAAGCAGAUCUUCUGGUAAAUGAAGUAUAUGCAUAUGCAGCCACAGAGACACCAAACUUAAAAGUUGGACUGAAAAACUUUGCAGAUGAAUUUUCCAGACUUCAGGACUAUCGCCAGGCAGAGGUUGACAGGCUUGAAGCCAAGGUUGUUGAACCUCUGAAAAGUUAUGGCACCAUAGUGAAGCUUAAAAGGAAUGAUCUUAAAGCAACUUUAACUGCAAAGAACCGAGAAGCCAAGCAAUUGUCUCAACUGGAAAAGACACGUCAGCGGAAUCCAUCAGAUCGACACAUUAUUGCUGAAAGUGAAUUGCAAAGAGCUUCACUGGAUGCUACUCGAACAACUCAGCAACUGAAGGAAACCAUUGAUAACUUUGAGAAACAGAAAAUAAGGGACAUAAAAAACAUAUUUUCUGAAUUUAUAACCAUUGAAAUGUUAUUCCAUGGGAAAGCUUUAGAGAUAUAUACUGCUGCCUACCAAAAUAUCCAAAAUAUUGAUGAAGAAGAAGAUUUAGAGGUUUUUCGGAGCUCACUUCAUCCACCUGACUAUCAAUCUCGCUUAGACAUAGUUCGUGCAAAUUCGAAGUCCCCCGUACAAAGAACUGGCUCCUUAAAAUCUUCAUUGAGGACAGUACAGAUUUCCAGUAUGCUGAGAAAAGAGGAAGAAGAAGAGGAGGAAGAGGAAGAUGAAGAGGAGGAAGAUGACGAAGAGGACGAAUUAGAUGCUCCAAAAGAAGCUUGACUAAGAUGACUUUUGAUUCCUUUACACAUACAGAAUGAACGUUCACCAAGAAGGACCUAGCCCGAUAUCUACGCUGAAUGCUGCUUUGCUUUUAAAUAAAAGUGCCUUUAUAAUAAAACUAAUUGAUAUUUUA